AUCUUAGAUCUUAAAUGCGACACCUCUGCAAUUCACUGUUUAAGGAGUUGCCAACCAAAUGCAUGGGAACAUGCGACUACAGCAUGCAAAUGCCAUGAAAUAUUUUCAACUUCUCUGUGUUGCAUCUCAGGGUUGGACGGAAUUAGAAUUCAUAGAAUUCAAUUCAUGUCGUCUGCAGAGCGCUGGGAACCAAAGAUAUGCAGUUUAGACCGCAAGGCAUCCAUGUGCCACAGCUUCUCAUUCGAAGGUUUGUCGUAUCACAUCAGUGCGAGAAAAGAACCACCAUCUUCUGGACCCUGACAUCAAGCUACGCGGGUAUCUGUUCGGCAUGAUAAUGCCACUGCCAGGUCAGCUAGGAGCAUGGGACGCCGGUAAGCUUUCAAUAUAGCGGUGCACUAAGCGGUCAGAAGAUUUGGCUGCUAGGGAACAUUCAUACACGCGGUCCCUCAAGGCCUCAAGCACUAUAUACUUUCCUUCUAGAGUUCCCAGGCAUCCGGCUGUUCUAAGGACGACCCGCCCAAUUCUUCCCUCGCAUCUCCCGCUGCGAUAUGCCAGUUCAAAUCCUUCCUCCUGCGAACCAUGUAUCGAGCAGCACCAUUAGCUCGAAUGAAAAGGACACUUUCGACCCCUUAGAGGAGAAGAGAGCAGUUCGCAUGCUUGACUACACCGUUCUACCUUUGAUGACCAUGUUUUAUCUACUUUCGUUCCUGGAUAGAGCCAACAUUGGGAACGCGCGUGUUGCGGGGUUGCAGAAAGGCUUGGGACUAACAGAUCACCAAUAUCAGAUUGCAGUGACCGUCACUUUCGUACCUUACAUCGCUGCAGAACUCCCAUCGAAUCUGCUACUACGCAAAAUUGGACCACGGGUGUUGAUGCCUUCGCUUUUGGUAAUUUGGGGCAUUAUUGUAACUCUUCACGGCCUCGUAUCAUCCUAUUCAGGUUUGGUCAUUAUCAGGGCAUUUCUUGGUCUCGUCGAAGGUCCGAUGUUUCCUGGAAUCGUCCUAUAUUUAUCUGGAUUUUAUACCCGUGAAGAGCUCUCCCUUCGCGUCGCACUUUUCUUCUCGUCCGCUUCCUUGUCUGGGGCAUUUUCUGGUUUGCUUGCGGCGGCCAUACAAAACAUGAAUGGCAUCGGGGGUAAGCCAGGAUGGGCAUGGAUUUUUAUACUGGAAGGUCUGUUUACAGUCCUGGUUGGGCUGGUGUCGUUCUUCCUCGUGCCUUCCACGCCUCAAGACUCUAAGUUCUUGACCCAGAAGCAGAAGAACAUCAUCGCUCAGAGACUUGCUCGAGAUCGUCCGGUUAUUGGCAUUAUCGAAGCUUUCAGCAUUAAGGAAAUUUUCCGCUCUCUUUGCUCUCCACAUGUCAUGAUGGUUUUUAUUAUGUUCUUCGGGAAUGGCGCAACUCUUUACGGCCUUGCUCUUUUCCUCCCUUCCAUCGUCAAUCAGCUAGGUUUCAGCGCUACCAGAAGCCAGCUCAUUUCUGUCGGUCCAUUUGCUGCAGGUUUCUUUGUGACCCUUAUCAGUGCUUUCCUCUCCGAUCGCUACAAUUCAAGAGCAAUUCCUACAAUGAUCAUUGCCACGUUGGCCGUCGCUGGCUUUGGUGUUUACCUAGGAUCACACAGUGUUGCUACGGCAUAUGGUUCGUUAUUUCUCUCCGUGCCUGGAGUGUAUGCUACACCACCUAUAAUAUCUGCAUGGAUGGCAAACAAUUCCGAACCAUAUUAUCGCAGAGCUACUAGCAUAGCCAUAGGAUUUGUAGCGACGAAUGCUGGAGGUAUUCUAAGUACAUGGAGUUUCCCGACCAAAGAAGGACCUAGGUUCACAAGGGCUACCAUCAUGGACUUGGUAUUCUCAAUCGUAAUCGUUAUUGGAAGUGCACUGAAUGCGCUUUAUCUCGUUCGGGCCACUCACCAAAAGGCCUCUCGUCGAGAUGAAAUCCUUGCACCAUUCGAAGAUGAGCAAGAGGCAGGAGGUGUCGCUAAAGAACAAAGAGCUUGGUUGACUCUCGGCGACCGACACCCCGAUUUCCGCUACACGUUGUAGAUUUUGAUUUAACUCUAACUAUGAAGGGGCAUGGUGCUGCACAGUCUCCCGAGAGCCAAAAAAAAAGGAAAAAAAAAGGAAAAAAAAAGGUUAAUCAGAUAACACAAAGAGACUCGGUAACGAUCUCAAGAAACAUUGUAAUACAAGGACAAUCGCGAAGAGCAUCGAGUAAUGUACACCUGAAGGCUU